AUGUAUAACAUACUCUUUUAUUACCCAUACUGGCAUACACGCCGUUCUAAAAUAAAUUACCAAUAUACAAAAUAUAGCGAGAAUAACCCCAGUGCACUUUUCGAUGCGAAGGGUACAACAUACUCGUCUUUCUCCAAAAUUAAGAAUCCAGCUCUUCUCGGUAUACUUUACCAAUUUGAGAAGAGGAACAAGGAGAAGACCGAGAGAUUCUUUGCAAAAUCGCCAUUGAUGAUGACUUGGUUUUCAGUUUUAAUCGUCUGUCUAAUAAUUCUACAUGCAACUCCUACUUUCUCGAUCUCACUCCGAUUUUUCAGUUCCAACUUACCAGCCGAAACCGGACAUUCGCUAUUAGGCGACGCUCACUUCGUCGAUGGUGGACAUGCUGUUCAACUCAGUCGAACAACGCCUCUAAGCUUCGGUAUCAUGUUACACAGCUCGCCUUACAAAUUCAGUUCUUCGACGUCGUUUUCCUCAAACUUCACGUUCGAGAUCGGUAAUGGCGUUGCGCUGGUAAUCAUUCCCGCUGAUUUUCCUUCUAAAUUUGCCAGGAACAUGUCGUCUGGGCUCCAGGAUGUAAAUCGAUUCUUCGGUAUCGAGUUUGAUGUAAAUGUGUGUAAAAUUUCAUCUUCUAGGGUUAGCAACGUUUCGAAAAAUAAUAAUGUUUUGAAGAGCGGAGUGAAUUUAACGUCGUGGGUAAAUUACUUUGCGAUAUCAAAUCAGCUAGAUGUUAGGGUAAGCAAAUCAGGUGAUUCGAGGCCUGUUGAGCCACUGAUUUCGCAUCACAUAAAUUUGGGGGAAAUGUUGAAUGGAGAAGAGGUUUUAUUAGGUCUGGCAUCAAUUAACGAAAAACCUGAGCAGAUUACAACUGUGUACUCAUGGAACUCUGAUAUUAAAGAUAUUCCAAAAUGGAUGCAUUCAAUUCCGGUUUUUCCGCUGGAUUCUUCAACACAACACCAUGAUGUGAAAACUUAUAAGAAAAAAGUUAGUUUUCUUUCAGGGUUCAUAGUUGCUACAGGUUGUGGAGCAUUGGCAGCUUUGGCUUUGUUCUUCCUGUGGGCAUUUGUUGCUGAUAAGCAGAAAGCUCAAGGGGAGCCUUCUGUGCACCCUGUUGAUUUCAAAUAUGAAAAGAUUGGUGUUCUUGAAGCCAACAACAUUUCAGAAAGUGCUAUGAAGUAG